GAGCUUAAAGUUUCCGAGGCUUGGGGGAACACAAUGACUUGGAUCUAACAGCCUAAAUGGGAAGAAGGGAAUUUGUGCUGCCUCGAGGAAGCCGUUAAACUCCUGCUAAGUGAACUCUCUUUUUUAUGCAUCUAUGCACACGACCGACCUCCUCUAUCACUGACUAGAAAUAAUUUCUGACAAUCCAGGAUAUUCCGAAAGCUUGGAGACAUAUGGCUGGAAAAUGAAACUACCCUGGAGUGUGGCCACAUCAUUAUUUUGUGUCGCAUGGUACCAGAUGGGCAGGUGGUGAAUGGCGCUGGGAUGUGAACGGACAGUUUAACAAUGUGAAUUUUUUCCCCCGUAGAGCUCAGACAGACUUCAUUUCCCUCUUGUCUUUCGGUCUCUAGUACUUGGAAUUUCCCCCUCUCUGCAAUAUCAAUUAACUCAACUUUGCAGUGGGGUAGCCAAAAAGGAAGAGGAUGAAGAGGGCUCUAUAAUCUUAACAAGUGUCGAGGGAGUCACUGCGCCCCGGGAACCGCGGCGGCGACCCGCCCAUCCUGUGCGGAUUUCAGGGCUGAUACCGCGCGGGCGGUUAUGGAGCGGACCGUGAGUUUGAUCCGCCGAGGGUAGAGACCUGGGCUCGGUAGUGGUGUGCUGAUCUUCAGGCAGACGUGGAGGCCCCUGCUGCCUCUCAUCCGUAGCGUUUUAUAACCAUUUUCAUCGUUCUUCAAAAGUCAUGGACGACGGCCCGCUGCCCGACCUCCGAGACAUCGAGCUGAAGCUAGGGCGCAAAGUGCCCGAGAGCCUAGUGCGCUCGCUCCGUGGGGAGGAGCCGGUGCCCCAGGAAAGGGACAGAGACCCCGCCGGGGGGAGCAGCGGCGGUGGCGGUGGCGGAGUCUGCAGUAGCAGCAGCAGCAGCAGCUGCAGUUUCCCUCUCUCCCUGUCAUCCUCCUCUUCGCCCUCCCCAACCUCUGGCUCCCCACAGCCUAGCCAUUCCAGAAGCGCCCUGGAGAGGCUGGAAACCAAGCUUCACCUCCUCAGGCAAGACAUGGUUAACCUCAGAGCCACAGACGGCAGGCUCAUGCGCCAGUUGCUCCUGAUCAAUGAGAGCAUUGAGUCCAUCAAGUGGAUGAUUGAAGAGAAAGCCACCAUCACCAGCCGAGGCAGCAGUCUCAGUGGCAGCCUGUGCAGCUUACUGGAGAGUCAGAGCACCUCCUUAUAUGGCAGCUACAACAGCCUCCACGAUGGCAGCGACGGGCUGGAUGGCAUCUCCGUGGGGAGCUACCUGGACACUUUGGCAGAUGAUGUCCCAGGCCAUCAGACCCCGUCAGACUUGGACCAGUUCAGUGACAACUCAGUCAUCGGGGACUCACACGCACUGCAUAAGCGUCCCAAAUUGGAUGCUGAAUACUACUGCUUUGGCUAACGACCCAGUUUUUUGCAUGGGAUUGGUGUGCAAUUAACUUGUGUUUAUCCUUCUUCUCCGCUGCUAUAUUUUUGGUGUGAUUUUUUUUAAUAUGACAACCUUUUAAAAAGAAGCUUAUUUUGGACGGCUUGAUGGUAUUUCUGUUGCUCCUAGUAUUUCUCACCUGGAUUGAUUUAUCUUUGUCUCUCUUACGUCUCUAUUUUUAUUUAUUACAGUGAUUUUUCUCCCUUCUUUCACAGUGGCACAAAUAAGGUAGGGGGAAAAGAAUAAGCAAUAAUUAUGUUUUUGCUUCUGUUUUCAGGGCAAGGGGUCAGGGAUUACAAGAUAAACUUUGCUAAAUUUUACAAUAAACCAAAGUCUGAUAGUA